GAACACCAUCGUCCAUACUAUCAAUUUCACUUUUGCAUCGAUCAUCAGUCGAAAGAGGAGGGCAUUGUGUUUGGGAUGAGCUUGUUACGGGCUACAAAGCAUGUAGUGGCCCGUGGUAGGGGGAUUGGGCCAUCCUAUGCCGGAAUAUCAAGAACGCGUUGUCAAGAGAUCACGCUGAUGCGAUCUGAUGCACCAGCAUCUUAUCGGAAUUUCAGCAGAACAUGUUCCAACAAAGAAAGUGCAGAGACUGAAAUAAAGUCGGAGAACAAUAUCCGUCAGAUCUUGGAUGACUACAAGAAAACAAACGGGUUGAAAUUUAACUCGAUUGCAUGGAUGCCCUACCACAUCAACAGACCUCGCCUCGGAACAGAGAUUGAGCUAGAAGGUUAUUUGAUGAAUCGGCGAGACAUCAACAAGAAUCUUUCUUUCACGAUGUUAAGAAGCCCGACGCAGGAGUAUGCCAUUCAAAUUGUGUCGUCUGGACAAGAAGAAGGAUCCCAGGCCGCCGAAGCCCAUACGCAACUUAAAACGCUAAGAGAAUUCACGCCGGUGAAGAUCACAGGAACCCUCGAACCGAAGCAGCCAGCGAAGAACGCCAAGAAAAAUGCCGAAGAUGGGGAAAGCCCAAAACUGGCUGAUCAUACGCGGGAGAUUUAUAUUACCCAUAUCUUGCCCUUAGCUGAGAUUCCCUCGGAUUUGAUUGUUAAAGAAGGAUCAUCGUAUGGUCCGCACCAGCGUCAUCUCCAGCUUCGGACUUCUUCCGAACUGCGUAGAAGACUGAAGUUCCGAAAUCGAGCGAACCGGAUAGCCCGAAGCAUACUCCAUAAAAAAGGGGACUUUGUAGAGGUUGAAACGCCUUUACUAUUCAAAUCCACGCCCGAGGGUGCUCGCGAAUUUCUGGUUCCCACACGGAGAAAAGGGCUUGCGUACGCUCUGCCGCAGUCCCCUCAACAGUACAAACAGCUCCUCGUGGCUGCGGGGCAUCACAGAUAUUUUCAGUUUGCCAAAUGCUUCCGCGACGAAGAUCUCAGAGCCGAUCGACAGCCCGAAUUUACCCAGCUUGAUCUCGAGCUGGCUUUUGCCAGUGACGAAGAAGUCAUGUACACCGUCGACUCUCUCAUUCGUCCCCUAUUCUCAGAUAUGCUGGCAUGCCAUAUUCCAACUAUCCAGCGUAUAACCUACAAUGAAGCAAUGUCCCGUUACGGAUCCGACAAACCCGAUCUCCGGUUCCCAGCCCAAAUUCACAACAUAACCAAAUAUCUGCCCGAAGAUCUAAUCCGCAAGAUAACGCCCCUGGAGAACCCCACAGUCGAAGCUUUCAGAAUGACCCUCGACCGCAACUCUAGCAUCAACCACAAAUUCAUCUCCAAUUUCCUCGACGGACCAGAAGGGAAACCGUUCCUUGAAAAUCCACACGGACAACCUGGAACCUUUAUUGGCGACGUUUCGAAACCGCUUGGGGGCCUCGCAGCCCUGGGACACCGAGCGGCCAUGGAAAUCCCCUCCGAACUCUCCAUCGACCAAGGCGACAUUCUAGUCCUACAAGCACGUCCGACAGCUCCCCAUUCAGGAGGCUCCACCGUCCUCGGUAACCUCCGCACCGCCCUCUACAAAGCCGCCAUCGCCGCCAAACUCUGCGACGCCCCGCCCCGCGAUAAAUUCGUCUUCGCCUGGAUAACCGAUUUCCCGCUCUUCACGCCGUCCAACGACCAGGACCCCGGUCAAGGCGGUACCGCCGGCUUCUCCUCCACCCACCACCCUUUCACUGCGCCCAAGACCGACGCCGACGUCGAUUCCCUGCUCACAGACCCUUCGCGCGCCGUAGCUGCGCACUACGAUCUCGUGGUCAACGGCGUCGAGCUCGGCGGUGGCAGCCGCCGUAUCCACAACGCACAGGUCCAGGAAUUCAUCUUCAGAGACGUGCUCAAGAUGAAGCCUGAACGCAUCGAGGACUUCCGCCACUUGCUGGAUGCCCUGCGUAGCGGGUGUCCGCCACAUGCGGGCUUCGCGCUCGGGUGGGACCGGCUGAUUGCUAUGAUGACUGGGACGGACAGUGUGAGGGAUGUUAUUGCUUUUCCGAAGACGGGGAGUGGCGAGGAUCCGAUGGUUGGGUCGCCGAAUAUGGUGACCAAGGAGCAGUGGGACACGUAUCAUUUGGAGGUGAAGACGUAA